UGAUAUAAACUAAAUAUAUGAGCAGGGGCGGACUGACCAUUCGAGCACUCUGGCACUGCCCAAGGUCCCGGGGUCAUUAGGGGGCCCCCAUGAAAUGCCCAUGGUUCCUUUUCUAGGCUUUUUUGGGUGUGCUUUGAGUGUGGGCAAGGACACAGGGGGCCCCAUGAUCCCCUAUUGCCCGGGGGCCCCAUGUGUUGUCAGUCUGCCCCUGUACUGUACUAAUGACACUGGGCAGGAAGGAAUUAACAUGUGGGGCAAUCAAAUGGUUAACUGUGUGCUGUUUUACUGUGAGGCUGUGUGCUGUGUUUCACUGUAAGCACUCUGCUUUGUAUGGCUCUGCUAUGCAGUUAAUGUGAGUAGCA